UUUUCCACAGUGUCCUCUGUGUUCCUAGUACACGGCUGGCACACUGCUCACUCUCCCAGUCUCAUGACCAAGCCAUUCUUUCACCGGCUCUCUGCAGACCUGUAAAGACUGCCACUUUUAUCACAGAUUUUCUUGGAUCCUACUUUGCAUUUGAAAUGAUCAUUUAAAAAAGCAAACUUGGAUUUUUGUUUGACAGGUGAGACAUUAGGAAAUAUAUCUGUUCCAGAGCGAAUUGUUCCAACAUGGCCUUUGUGAGAAGCUGUGUAGUCUUUCUCCUGCUGGUACUCCUGUCCCCACUUCAACUUCCCCACUCUGGUUUAGCUAGUGCCCAGGAUGUGACUGAUGAAGAGGAAGAUAUCCAUGCUAAAACACCUGAAGAUGCUGAGGAAGGUGAAGAGGUAGGCCCUAUGGAUAAGGAAGAGGAAGAAAGUACUGAUGAGGAAAAGGCUGGAGAGGAACAGGAAGCAGAGGAGGAGGAAGUGGAGGAAGAGAUGGCUGCUGAUGCAGCAGAAGAGGGGGAUGAAGAGGAGCAGGAGGAGGUAGAUAACGAGGCUGUUGAGAUAGAUAGUGAAGAUGAUAAAGAGGAUGAUGAGGAAGAGGCAAAUGAGGAGGAUGAUGAAGAGGCAGAAGAGGUAGAUGGUGAUGCUGAUGAGGAAGACUCUGAUGAAGAGGAUGAUGAGGCUGCAGAUGAUGGCGUAGCUAGUGACGAGGAGGAGGAGGAAGCUGCAGAUGAUGAGGAAGCUAGUGACGAGGAGGAGGAAGCUGCAGAUGAUGAGGAAACUAGUGACGAGGAGGAGGAAGCUGCAGAUGAAGACACAGAUGAUGAGGUGGAAAAUGACGCAGAAGAAGAAGAAGCAGAGGAAAACCUUGCUGAGGAUGACCAAGACGAUGAAGAAGAUGAUGAGGACAACACAACAGAGGACCUUGGUGAAACAAAUGAAGAAGAUGAUACUUCCACCAAACAGCACUUCCACACUGGCUCGUUGUGCAGCGUUUGCUCCAUCUGUGAGUAUUGUAACGAACAGUGUGACAAGUGUCCAUGUGCAGAGGGAGAUGAGUCUGCUCACUGUGAGCAUUGUGAGGACUGCUCAUCCUGCUACAUUUGCCCCAUUCUGUGUGAUACAGUUUGCACACCAGGCGGUUUCGUUGAUGAACUAACUGGAUCCAUCUUUAAGUCUGUUUCUUCUCUACUCUGAGCAGAAUAACUUUAGCAUCAAAACAAAAACAUUACAUACAACAGGAUCUUGUCUUCAGUCAUUGUUUAUAUUUUAAUAAAGCUUUAAUGUUAUUAGACCAUUUAAUGCUAUUUAAUUUUACAGCCUAGACUUGAAGUUGUAGCUGGGGGGACAGCUUUUGAGGUUCAUUGUAUUUUUAUGAGGUUUACUGUAAAAAAAAAGAAGAAAAAAAACAGAAAAGAGAACUCAUUUCAUGUUGGAGAAAAUUAUAAAUAACAGGAAAAUAUAAAUUGCAGACAGCCGCUUCAGUGUCUACAACUUUAAAGCAAAGUUUAAAAUGUAACCUCACUGUCUUGUUUCAUUAUGGAUUAACUGUGAAAAUCCACAUUUUUGCCUCGUAACAGUCAGAUCCCAUUUUUAAGAUGAGAGUCCCCUAAUGUUAAAGAUGGCUCUUGCCCAGAGUGUUAACCAAAUCUUUGGAUUGGGGGGCGAUUUUUUGUCUCAUACAGCCAUGUAGGUUUGAAAAGCUUUUUCCAUUAACAAAACAGUUUUUUUAAUCAAUUGUCCGAUAUCAAAAUGUGCUUGAUGAUCAGAAAAUGUUAACCAUGACACUAAGGCCCCGUCCACACGAAGCCGAACCCUGGCCUAAACGCACAAAUUUUUCACCAAACCAGCCUCUCAUCCAUACGAGGGUCUGUAAACGAUCUUUUUUUUAUUCAGCCUUCAGAGUGGGAAGA